UUUACAGUGAAUAUGAUAUUUCUUCCAAACUUCUCAAAUCUUAACAUGUUUAAAUCUUGUUUGAAUGUGAUCAUAAAAACAUCCUUCAAAGUGUCCUUUCUAAAUGUUCCUUUCCGACCCAAUUUCCCCCUCCCCUCCAAAAACCAACAGGUGAAACCUCCAACCGUGAUCGGCCAGUUCCACACCCUCUUCUUCGGGUCUGUGAGGAUGUUCUUUCUUGGAGUGCUGGGCUUUGCGGUUUAUGGGAACGAGGCUUUGCAUUUCAGCUGUGACCCAGACAAAAGAGAGAUAAAUCUGUUCUGUUACAAUCAGUUCAGGCCAAUAACUCCCCAAGUAAGUUUCCGGUGUGUGUUCUGGGCAUUACAACUCGUGGUUGUCCUGCUUCCUGGAGCAAUAUUCCACCUUUAUGCUGCAUGUAAAAGCAUCAACCAAGAAUGCAUUCUUCAAAAGCCCAUGUAUACUGUGAUUUACAUCCUCUCUGUCUUGUUAAGAAUCAGCUUGGAGGUGGCAGCAUUUUGGCUUCAGAUUCAUCUCUUUGGCUUCCAGGUGAAACCUCUAUACUUGUGUGAUGCCGAAUCCCUUGGUAAAAAAAUGAACGUUCUAAAAUGCAUGGUUCCAGAACAUUUUGAAAAGACUAUUUUUCUCAUUGCAAUGUACACUUUUACUGUAAUCACCAUGGUAUUAUGUGUUGCUGAGAUUUUUGAGAUAAUAUUUAGAAGGUCGUGUUUCCUCUUUAAACAAUGACAGGGUUGAUUACCUAUUGUCAUGAUAUAGUUCCUAUCAAUCAUUUAUGUUUAGUUUUUUGAUCAAAUACUUCAAUUCCAUAUGUUCUUUAAAUUUUGGUGUGUCCGUAAUUUAUGUAUAUUAGAAAAUAGGAUACCAAGUUUUAAACUAAUUGUUUUUGAGCAAAUAUUUCCUCCUAUUUUUAUUUUACCACUUAUUCUAUGAUAAUGUACACAUAAGACUAAUGAUAACUCAUUUUUUAAAAUAGUAAAUUUUAGGUGUCUCUAAUAUACAACACUUUAGGUUACCACAUUAUUUUGUGACCAGAGAAACUUACCACUGUUAGACACUAGGAAAUUGAUGUUCAGAGACAUUAUGUUAUAUGCAGUAAGUCACACAACCAAACCAGAAUCUGGGUCUUUCCUAUCCACUGAACCAUGUAGCUUUAACUUUGAGGACAUAAUUAUCUUUGCCUUUGUGUAAAAUAUAAUGGUAAACACAAAACAUAAAUUAACUAAAAGUCAUUAUAUAAUUUUAUCACUAACUUAGA